AUGGGGAUACUUCUAUCCAAAACAGGGCCCUUAACCGCCAGUCGCGAAAGAAGGAUCUCCGAGGCGACCGAUGAGAACUACAGGGACAACAUGCAAGCGUGUCUCAAACAGUCGCAUUCGGAUCCUUCUAAAGAUCUCUUUCUGGCCGCCCUGGAGGGAGAGUUGAAGAGUCCUGAUAACGCCAAGCACCAAAAGAACAUCAAAGCAAUGGUUGCUCAAGCGACGGAGUCAGGCCCUCCCAAGCCUAAGCACACCUGGUGGGCAUUGGACGGGAAGGUUUAUAGUGUUGAAAACAAGAAUUUUCAACAGACUAUGUCGAAGCACGCCAAACAACAAGAUGAGAUCUAUGCUAUGAAGCAAAGAUAUGGUGGAAAUCCGUUAGCAAUGCACAUAAUUCACAGCAAGAUGCGAAUUAGUCCAUCUUCUGGGGGUGAUAAAGACGAUGAGGGGAUCUAUCUUGCUCUACAUGGUAUCAAUCAGUCAACAUGGAACAGGGUUCUCAGGUCCAAGUAUACUGGAAAGCUCAGGAAGACAAUAAUUUCCACUCCUAGAGCUAUCUUCGCCACGCCGAUGGGCAAUGAGAAGCUCAUUAUGGGAACGAGCAAAUUAGGUGUCGCCUGGAAAAUAGAGCUUGACCACAUCCAUUACACGGAUCUGAUUCUGGUCAUUGAUGACCUGCCGCCAAUGUCAGAUACCAGCAACAAACGCUUAGGCAGACUACAGCAAAGCGAGUUCCGAAUUAGUUCCUCGAAAGGCGAGGUGCAUCUGCGAUCUACACCUGUAGAUAACAGCCCCGAUACGGCCGCCGAAACCCCGGGGAGCAAUUUGUUUUCCCCAGAUGUGCCUCCACUGUACCGCCCACGCCUCAAGCACAUGUAUCGCCAAGUUGCGGACAUGUGUGGCGAGCACGUUGAGGCACCAAACAUGUGCGGCACAAUUUCCGCCGCCAACAUUGUCCGCGGUGUUGUUGCUGGACCGAAUAUUCUCGGCAAGGUGUUGGAGAAUAGUGGUGCGGACUUGGCGACUCGAGUCCUUUCAGAAGAGGUAGCAAGCUCUGCCCCAUCCAAAACGAUGGUGUACUUGCUCAUCAUAGAUGAUCGGUAUCAAAUCCUCGUCAACGCAAAAGGUGUUUUCACGCCUGACCCCGGUGUCUUACCCGUGGGCGUGGAAGCGCUUGCAUGCCUGCAAAACAAGUGCGAAAAUCUCUCACGCCUAACUUAUAGCGCCCCUGGAAACAGCCCGUACAGCUGGAUGAAUAGAAUUGAAGCAGUCGGUGUGAUUAACAGGUGGGAUGGAAAGGCUGUAAUCGACGCCUAUUGCCUUACAAAGUCUCCAGGGGAGCUAGAGGGCGCGGGAGAAGUAUUUGGUGGUCAGUAA